GGCGGAAGGAAGUGGUGCUGCUGCUGCAUGCUGCUUCUAGCGGAGGACUGGACGCUGUCAGGCCGAACAAACGCACCGAUCAUACGGAGAGAAAUUGCUGCAGCAUCCUCUGUUUUCUGUCUUUGGAACUCAGUUAGCUGCAUUCCACCUGUAAGAGACCCACAGUUUAGAUGUUGGCAGAAGUUUAGCACGCAAGCGAAGAGAGCAUUGACUGCCACUGACAACCUGCAGCACAUAGAGAAGAAACAAGAGGAAGCUAACUCCAACAGCCAGCAAUGAAGCAGAAGGUUUGAAGAAGCCAAUGAGCUGAACCAAUACAAAGCUUUCAAACUGACACUUGGCAGGCUGAAGGGAGUACUGAUCUCAGAGUGGAGAGGCAGUAGGGCUUUGAUUUCUUAAGAGCCUCUGCUGUCCCCUGGCUGAAUGGGAGUUCUUAUCUACACCACUGCACUGCCACAUUUCUUGAGCCUCACUCUUCACUUUGCUGUCACUGCACUCAUUUGCCUUCUUCAUAUUAUUCUGUUGCCCAUCUCAAAUUAUACAAAAAAUACUGUUUAAUCCACAGACCCAAUAGAGAUUAGAGUCUAGCGAUCCUCCUCUGAGUUUAUGUGACUACAGUGGUCUCCCACUCCUCUUCAGUAACUCUUGCAUUGUCUCAGAAGCAAAGUGCAGGGUGAGGGUUUUCAUCCUUUUUUAGAUUUUUUGCCUCCACCUUGUGUCUUCAUGUUUUGGGGGUUCCUUAGUGACCCCACCCUUUGUCAACCACCCCGCACCUAUUGCCACCACGGCCGGCCACCCCAAUCGCCUUGUUGCCAUGCCGACAGAGACGCUGGCUCCCCCACUGCCAGGUAGCAAGUCUGCCGGCCCCGCCACACCCUUCAGUUCCACUGUUCCUCUUCGCAUCCUUAACAAGGGCCCUGAAUACUUCAGAAGGCAGGCGGAACCUAACCCAAACCGCCUAAGUGCUGUUGAGAGACUAGAAGCUGACAAAGCAAAGUAUGUCAAGAGCCAGGAGGUUAUCAAUGCAAAGCAAGAAGCAGUCAAACCACCUGUCCGGGCCAAGCCCACCGUUGACCCUUCCAUUCUGUCAAAGAAAAGCCCUGGUACUGGUGGAGGAGGAAACGGAGCUGGGGUACCUUUUAAAGCAUCCAAUAACAAUGCAAAGUCAGACAUAUGUGCAUCCAGCUGUGGCAGCAGCAAACGGGCAAAUUUAAACCUGGAGAUCUUAAAAAAUCUGCUAAACUCAUCGUCAUCCUCAGGAGCAGGUUCUGAAGGACUAUCAAGUGGAGCUAAAAGUGCUGUACUUAUGAGGUCAUCAUCCAGAAUGGCCAGGAGCUGGACACCGUUGGGGAUGCCUCUGACAUACAGAUCCACAAUGACUCUUAAUGAGCAACCUUCAGACUCAGCUCCCAGUCCAAGCACCUCACACUCCCUCAGAUCCUUCUCUCAUUCCCUAAAGGUCCCCCCAAUGGCCAGUGGGGGGCGUCGCAGUCCACAACAGGCAGGAAACCUCAACCUUAGCAGACGACUCCAGGAUGAGAGAGGAUGUGAAGGUGGAGUUGUCCAGCGUUGUCAUUCCCCACUGCCACCUCUCCUCACCUCCCACUCAUCAUCCGACCUCCUGCGACUGUGCAAUGGUAAACCACUGCGCACAGCUCAGUCAAGUAGCUCCUCUGCUCCGCCUCUUCCUCCCAAGCCUAACCCCACCUGUCUCCCUCCUGCACUAUCCUUGUCACUGCCACGCCCACGUCCACCUUUGUCUCCUAUGCCCUGUGACAACACAACCCAACAGUCAUUACCUUGUGAUUUUGGAGACCCUGCCAGUGCAUCAGCUGACCUGAACAUUGAUCUUGAGCAGGGUUCAAAUGUGACUCGCCGCUCCUCACUACAUAGGUCCAAGUCAGACCUGUCAGACCGGUAUGCCCGGGCUGGAGCUGAUGUGGAACGCUUUUUUAAUUACUGCGGCCUUGACCCUGAGGAGUUGGAGGCAGUGGGUCCCGAGAACUUUGCACGGGCCAACUCAGACAUCGUUAGUCUGAACUUUCGAUCAGCUUCUAUGAUCUCCUCCGACUGUGACCAGUCGCACCGAUCUUCCAAUGAUGGAAUAUCAGAAGAGAAUGAGGGUGAGGAAGAGGAGGAUGCUGGUGAACGUGUCCCGUAUGGCAUCUCAGCUGUGGAGCGAAAUGCAAGGGUCAUUAAAUGGCUGUAUAGCAUUAAACAAGCAAGAGAAACACAAAAGGUCUCCCAUGUUUAGGUUAAGGAUUCAUGUGUACUGAAGAUACUGUAAACUGAAGACAAUCUCAUCGAUGGCUUUUUGUCAAUAGGGUCAUUUAUAACCUGAUUUAAAAGCUGAAAAGAAAAUCGUUUUAGUUUUAAGAAUAAAGGCGUGAAGGACAGAAGAGGUGAUCUAACAGGCCCUAUCAAAAAAUGACAAGAGGUAUGAAGAGAUAAAGAAGAAGAAUUUAUAAUAACGUGAACAGAACAAAACCAAACAUGGACAGAUGUAGUGAGAAAUACUCAGUAAGUUUCUGUCUGGAAACUUUACUGACAUCGUAGUUGCAACACAACCAAGAGCAGGAUGCAAUGUGUUAGGCAGUGGAUCCACACGGUCAGAGGUGUUGGUGUUUAAGACAAAGAAGACAUGUUGGCUCAUCAUACAUUAGUGUGACUGACAUUCCAACAAAGUGCAGCCUGGUUUCACUUCUUUUUAUUUCUGAUUUGUUUGGCCAGUUAAGCUUUUAUUCAGUGUUCUUUCCACACUUAAGAGACUGCCAUCAGUCUAAAACAUAAAACUGGAAUCAUCAGAUAUCCGCAUUGAUAAAACAUAAAAACCAUGGCUGUAAUGGUGCCUGUAGAAGCAGUUUUUAAUUGUAAAAAAUCAUUUUUUUCUUCUAUUGGUAUGUCCACCAAAACCUCCUUAUGUUCCUAUUCCAUGAAAUAAUUGGCAUUUUGUGCUGUACUACUAUUCUACCAGAGGUAUUUGCACAUGUCCAUUUCUGCUUGAAUUUCAGUAAGUAUCAUAAUAUGUAAAGAUUUUAUAAUAAAUCCAACAGAGUAUUUUUUUUACUCAAACCUGUGAAUGAAGUAAGAAAUGAAAUCUUGUUCACUGUAAAUGCAGAAUGAAGUUGUCUUAUUCAGUUGAGUAGCAAGCAAUUCCAGACUGAAAAUACUCUGUAAACCCUGCAUUCCAUCAGUGAUGCUAACUAUCAACAUCUGUAAGAAAACCAAGAGUCUCCAUUAAAAAGCAGGCAAUUGCUA